AGUCCAGGAGAUCCGACACACGAAGAUUUUUAUCGACAACGAAUGGCACACGUCCAGCAGAGGAAGGACGUUUCCAACCUUCAACCCAGCGACAGGUGUCAAACUGUGUGAUGUCCACGAGGCAGAGCAGGAGGACGUGGACAAGGCGGUGCAGGCAGCCAGGGCCGCCCAGCAGAGAGGCUCUCCGUGGCGGAGGAUGGACGCGUCCAGCCGGGGGAGGCUGCUGCACAGGCUGGCCGACCUGCUGGAGAGGGACCGGCUCCUGCUGGCGACUCUGGAGACUCUGGACACAGGCAAGCCCUUCCUGCAGUCUUUCUUCAUUGACCUGGAGGGCAGCAUCAAAACUCUGCGUUACUACGCCGGCUGGACUGACAAGAUUCAUGGCAAGAGUGUGCCUAUAGAUGAAAGCUUCAUGUGUAUAACCAAACAUGAACCUGUUGGCGUAUGUGGAGCCAUCAUUCCAUGGAACUUUCCUCUGCUGAUGUUCAUGUGGAAGAUAGCACCAGCCUUGAGUUGUGGAAACACUGUGGUCAUUAAGCCAGCAGAGCAGACCCCUCUCACAGCCCUCCACGUUGGAUCGCUCAUCAAAGAGGCGGAGUUCCCUCCUGGAGUUGUGAACAUUGUUCCAGGGUUUGGUUCCACAGCAGGAGCAGCCAUUGCCAGCCACAAGGACAUUGACAAAGUGGCCUUCACUGGCUCUACAGAGGUCGGCCAACUGAUCACAGAGGCAGCAGCCAAAAGCAAUUUGAAGAGAGUGACUUUGGAGCUGGGAGGCAAGAACCCUUGCAUUGUAUUUGCUGACUGUGAUUUACAGAUGGCUGUGGAGGAAAUCCAGAAAGGAGCUUUUUAUAACCAGGGUCAGUGCUGCACAGCUGCAUCACGUGUCUUUGUGGAGGAAACUAUUUAUGAAGAGUUUGUGCAUCGCAGCAUAGAAAAUGCCAAGAAGAUUGUUAUAGGAGACCCACUGGACCCGCAGACAUCACAUGGCCCACAGAUUGACCGACAGCAGUUUGACAAAAUUAUGGAUCUGAUAGAGAGUGGUAAAAAGGAGGGAGCCAGACUGGAGUAUGGAGGAGGGGCUGUGGGUGAGAAGAGCCUCUUCAUUCAACCCACCAUCUUCUCCAGGGUUAAAGACCACAUGCGCAUCGCCAGUGAAGAGAUCUUUGGUCCAGUGCAGUGUAUAUUCAGUUUUAAGAGCCAAAAGGAAGCAAUAGAGAGAGCAAACAACUCACAGUAUGGCCUAGUUUCAGCAGUCUUCACAACAAGUAUGGACAGAGCUCUCUCUGUGUCUGCAGCCCUGGAGACUGGCACUGUUUGGAUAAACUGCUACAAUGCCCUUCAUACCCAGACUCCCUUUGGAGGGUAUAAGAUGUCAGGCAAUGGACGAGAGCUUGGAGAGUAUGCUCUGGCUGAGUACUCUGAAGUUAAAACAGUGACCAUCAAACUGAGUGAAACCAUAUGAGAAGAACUGGGAAAAGUCCAAUGUUCUGCACUUCCAGUCACAUCAGGCUAUAUCACAAUUCUCUUCAACCCUAACAUUCCUAUUACUGUCUUCAGUCAAGCUCAUUUUGUUGAGCCAAUAUAGCAGUCUAUAGAGAACGUCAUAGCACUAGUGUCAUCGUUUGUUCACUGUUUAUAUACUGUAGGUAAGGAUAGGAUGUUACUCAACAGCUUAAUUAAUGUUAGUAUAUAAAACUGGUACUUUGUAUAUUUCAAAGAAUAUCCCAAUAAUUUAUUCUAAAGUUCUACGCAAGUAUGUGAUUUCAUACUUUAGAGAAAUUAGACACAGUGUUCAGUUGGUAUAUAUCCAACUAAACCAUGAGGCACAGCAAGUUAGCACAUUUACAGAUGUAAAAUGUGUCUUCUGCCAAGCAUACGAUCCGGUAUAUGUGACAAGUGAAGUUUCGAGUAAUAAAUUAAUAAUCACUAAAUAUUUACUUGGGUUUAAAUGGAGUGGCUCUUUCAGUGACAUUUACAUUUUUACUCAUAAUUAGUAACCAACUUUGGAUUUUUUAUUCGGAUAACACAAAAACAUAAAAUGAGCUUCAUUAGAGGAUGAAACUUACUCAUCAUGGAGUUUUUCCACUUGUUACAACAUGGAAGCGUUCAGACAUCUU